AUGACUAAAUUUCAUUACUUCAUCUUCAUUCCACUGAUAUUAACUUAUUUCAGUCGUUCAUUUACAACUGCUGAUGCAAACAAUUCAUUCAACAACCAAAUUUUGGCACUUCAAAAUGCUACAGAUUCUUUAUGUUUUUAUCUCAAGGACGCAAUGCUUGUCGAAGCUAAAACAAUGAAGACCUUGAUGAACGAUGCACAUAUUCAUUGUCCAGAUAUCCAAACGAUGGAAGUGACAUUAGUUCAAAUGGAAAAAAUGGCUGAACAAUAUACUUCGUUUGUUGAAAAUCAAGUCUAUGAUUGUAACGAAUUGUCGAAUAUGUUGAAGAAAGGUUUGGAAAACGGCCAUUUAGUUAUGUCUUGUUUGAUGGAAGGAAAUUAUUCUCUCGUUACUCAAAUUACUGAAAAAUGGCAUCAAGUAUUUACAGACUUUCAAGCGAAGUUUUACAUAACAGAUGCGCCGUUAGAAGUUAUGCUGAAAAGCAAGAAAAUCUUCUAUUACGAUAGUUGGAAAGAUGGAAUCAUCAAGUUUCUCAUCUCAUGGAUGGUCACCAUUGGACUUUCAUAUUUGUUGUUCAAACUAAGUUUCCGAUACGGACGAUAUAUGAGUAUAAUUAUGGCAGGCUUUGCGAUAGUUAUUAGUAUUUCAGGAUUCGGCUCAGAUAUGAUUUCAUUUCCAAAACCAAGUCGUCGAAAUUGGUAUCCGGCAGCGAUUGAUAUGUUAGAGAAAAUGACCACGUCGAGAGACUAUUUACAUUCGGAAACUUCGAAACAAAUCGAUUUGAUUUUAGAAUUGAGAAAACAUACUGAAAUGUAUCAAGAUAAAACAGUACAGAAGGAUGUUAAUCAAUUGGUACAUAAUCUGGCCACUGCAGUUCGACAAGCAAGUGCCGAAUUGGGAGAUUUGUAUUCGCAAAACACUGCGGUUAUAUCAACAUAUCGUCAAGCACGUGGAAAUAUCCAACGAGCAGCGGAAAGAGCUGGUCGAUUGAACGAAGCCCAUGAUUUACUCGUCGCGUUGGAUAAAGGAACACAAAAAUAUGAAGAAUUUCAACGAAAUCUUCAAGUAUUGGUCACACAUCAACAGAAAGUCUUACCGAUUCUUAAAGAACAAACUCAAUCUAUACGCGCUCUUGUCCAAAGUGAUCGCCUCAUCGAAAUUAGUCAACUCAUUCGAAGUCAUCAGGAUACACUCUUAGAUAUUGAUGGGAAUACGUAUAAAGUCCAAAUUGAAAUUCAGCAUAUGAUCGAAAUACUUGAUAAUGACGAAUACAAUGGACUUAAAAAAUCAAUCGAAACGUUAAAGGAGGAAACGGUUUCCGAUCAACUCAGAGCGAUGCUAUAUGGAAUCGGAGGAACAGUUGGUGGAGCUGUGACAGGAGCGUUAGCACUGAAAACUGGACUUGCGAUCGUUUCAGUGACUGCAACAGCUGUCGCCGCUCCUGUUGCUUUGACUGCGGGAACUGUUGGACUCGGAUACGUAGCUAUGCACAAUUAUUUGAAUUAUCAAGGAGCGUCGAGAUAUCAAAAGGAAUUAAAUGUAUUGGAAACCAAUCGAAUCAAAUGGAAAACAGCCAUGGAACAAUAUCAAAAAGCUAUUGAUGAUCAACAGAAAGCGUUGCAAUCGAGUCAAUCGUCUCUCAACAAAAUUUUCACUUAUUCGAAUCAAUUUUCGAAAAUAUCAGGUUUUACACUAAAUCGAAUUCAACGAAAUGCUAUUAAUGACGAAUUAUUCAAUGUUGUUACACAGUAUAAUCGAAUGAGCGCAUUUUACUCGUUAUUUACUCCACAGACAACCAAUGAUCGUCAAGCAUUACCUCAGGAAUAA